CUUUCAUACGAGUAUUGUGGCGAAUUCAGUUCGAAUUCGUUAACAGACGCUAACGGUUUAAAGUGUCCCCCACCGAUCUAUACAGAUCCUGUGAUCCUACUAUCCAAGCAAACCUUUCCCUUAACUAAUAACACAUAAUAUGUCUAAGCCCAAUCAAAGCCGAGGCGGAGUUGGAGGUGGAGGUGCCUCCGGAAGUGGCAACAACAAUGAUGUCUACAACAUUGUGCUGCUCAUUGUGGAUCUGGUGAUGCUCGUGAUCAAAUUCUGGCUAACAAUUGUGGAGGAGAUUAUCAAGAUGUUCACCACACGACCGGAGACGAAUGUUGCCGGCAAAUUUGUAUUGAUCACGGGUGCCGGACAUGGUAUGGGCAAGGAGAUGGCCUUGCAGUAUGCCAGCCUGGGGGCAAAGGUCAUCUGCUGGGAUGUCAACGAGCAGACGAACUCACAGACCGUCAAGGAGAUCAAACAGGCGGGAGGCAGCGCCUUCGGCUAUGUCUGCAAUGUGGUCAAAAGGGAGGACAUUCUGGAGCUGGCUGGCAAAAUGCGCAAGGAUCAUGGCUUCAUUGAGGUGGUGGUCAACAAUGCCGGCAUCAUGCCCUGCCAUCCGCUGCUGGAGCACAACGAACAGGAGACACGUCUCAUGUACGACAUCAAUGUCCUCGCUCACUACUGGAUGAUCCAAGCCUUCCUGCCCGAGAUGUUGGAACGCAAUGAGGGCAGCCUGGUUGCCCUUUCCUCCUGCGCCGGACUUUUUGGACUGCCCAAUCUGGUGCCGUAUUGCGGCACCAAGUUUGCCGUGCGUGGUUACAUGGCUGCCCUGGCCGAGGAGCUGCGUCUUAAGAAUCCACAGUGCAAUGUCAAGCUGACGACGAUCUUUCCAUAUAUGAUCGAUACGGGUCUAUGCAAGAAUCCCCGCUUCCGUUUCCCCAAUCUGUUCAAGCUGAUCUGCCCCAAGGUGGCCGCCGCCUCCAUCAUUGAGGCUCAACGUCAGGGAUUGGAGGAGGCGGCGGUGCCGCGUCAUUUUAUCGCUGUUGAGAAAGUGGGUCGUCUCCUUCCCAAGAAGGCCAUGCGAUUGAUUAACGAUUUCCUGGACACGGGCGUCGAUUCCGACAAGCACUAAGCCAUGGAAACCAGAGGAAACAGGAACAACACCAAAAUUCAACUAAUUUAGAAAGAAGUUAACAAAUGGAA